AUGUUUUCUAAAAAACACUUAUCCGGCAGUGAAAAACGAAAAAAACGGAAAAUUGUUGAGGCUUCUUUACAAAAAGAGAAAGGGUCUAUGGUUAAAUUUUUAAAACCAAUGAAUUCUAAUGAAGAAAAUAUUAAUUUGAAUGAACAUGAUACUAACUUAAAUGAAAAUGUUGCUAGUGUUAAUGAAGAAAACAUUAAUUUAAAUGAACAUGAUAAUAAUUUGAAUGAAGAAAAUAUUAAUUUUAAUGAACAUGAUACUAAUAUAAAUGAAGAAAAUACUAAUUUAAAUGAAUCUAUAGAUAUUUUUGACCCUAGAAAUUGGGAUUCUCUUGAUAUUAAAUCAAGAGAUAUUUUAAUUAAAAAAGGGCCAAUAAGAGAAAUGAAUCUUGUGUUUCCUAAAGAUAAAUUUUCUAGACAUUUUUCUUAUGCAUUUUAUACUAGAAAGUUAAAUAAUGGUUUGUCACGUGAUCGAGAAUGGUUAGUAUACAAUAAAAAUUUAGAUAAAGUUUUUUAUUUUUGUUGUAAAAUAUUUAAAUGUACUAAUCAAAAAAGUUUUUUAACAAAUGAAGGAUAUAAUGAUUGGAAACAUCUUAGUGAGAGACUUAAAGAACAUGAAAAUAGUAAUGAACAUUUUGUUUGUAUGAGUAAUUGGAAUGAGGCAAAACUAAGAUUAGAUAAAAACCUUACAAUUGAUAACGAAUUACAACAAGAAAUAAUAAAAGAAAAAGCACAUUGGAGACAAGUAUUAAGAAGAAUAAUAGCGGCUGUGAAAUUCUUAUUUAAAUAUAAUUUGGCUUUUCGAGGGUCUAAUGAAAAACUUUUUCAAGAUAACAAUGGUAACUUUUUAGGAGUAAUCCAAAUGAUGGUUGAAUAUGAUGGUAUAAUGCAAGAUCAUAUAAGAAGAAUUGAAAAUAAUGAAACUCAUUAUCAUUAUCUUGGCUAUAAAAUUCAAAAUGAACUAAUUUCUCUUUUAGGUGACACGGUUAGAAAUUCUAUCAUUAAAAUAGUUAAAGAGGCAAAAUAUUUUUUUAUAAUUCUUGAUUGUACUCCCGAUGUGAGUCAUCAAGAGCAAAUGACUUUGAUUGUACGAUGUGUAAAUUUUUCUUCUAAAAAAAUACAAGUUGUUGAAUAUUUUUUAGAAUUUUUAAAAGUAGAUGAUACUUUUGGUUUGGGACUUUUGAAUGAAUUGUUAGAUGCAUUAAAAUUGUUAGAUCUUAAUGUGGAUGAUAUAAGGGGUCAAGGUUAUGAUAAUGGGUCUAAUAUGAAAGGAAAACACCAAGGGGUUCAACAAAGAAUGCUUGAAAUUAAUCCUAGAGCUUUAUAUAUGCCUUGUGCUUGCCAUAGUCUUAACCUUACGGUUAGUGAUAUGGCACUUUCUUGUGAAAAAGCUGUUUCAUUUUUUGGAAUCGUGCAACGCCUUUAUACAUUAUUUUCUAGUUCUACUAAAAGAUGGAAAAUAUUGUUAGAUAAUGUUCCAACUUUAACCUUAAAAUCAUUAUCUAAUACUCGUUGGGAAAGUAGGAUUAAAAGUAUAAAAGCAAUUAGAUUUCAAGCUCCUCAAAUAAAAGUUGCUUUGCUAAAAUUAUGUAAAGCAUGUGAUGACCCAAAGUCAAAAAGUGAAGCUAAAAGCUUACUUAAAUCUUUUGGGAAAUUUGAAUUUUUAGUUGAAAAUAUUAUGAAGUUUUUUGAAAAAUAUAGAAAUGAAGGUUUUACAUCAAGUAUGAAUAUUGCUAAAACUAUUGCACUAGAUAUGGGUGUAGAGCCAAUAUUUCCAUCAAAACGUCGUAUUGUUAGAAAAAAGCAAUUUGAUGAAAGUGAUCAUGAAGAAGAAACACAAUCGGUUGAAGAGUAUUUAAAAAAAUUAAAGUCAUUAAGUGAAAGUGAACUUAAAGAAAGUUGUAUAAAGUUUGCUACUACUUUUUCUAAAGAUAAUGUUUCUGAUGUGGAUUCAAGUGAACUUUUUUCAGAAUUGAAAGUGUUGAAAAUGACUUUACCUAAUGAUAUAAUUUCUGCUGUUGAAAUUUUGGAUUAUGUUAAAGCUAUUGAUUGUUACCCAAAUACUUUUAUUGCAUAUAACAUUUUGUUAACCAUUCCUAUUACUGUUGCAUCUGCAGAGAGAAGUUUUUCAAAGUUAAAGUUAUUGAAAAAUUAUCUAAGAUCGUCGAUGUCGCAAGAAAGGUUGUACGGAUUGGCAAUGUUAUGUAUAGAGAAAGACAUGUUAGAUAAAAUUGAUUUUGAUAACAUUAUUAAUGAUUUUGCAUCUAGAAAGGCUAGGAGAAAUAUUUUCCUAUAA